AAAAUUAAAAAGGAAUUUGUUUGAGUAAAGAUGCAGCACUGAUAGCAGUAAACAUUUUUGUUGGUGUGUUGGAGUGAGUAAUUUAUAUCCAGAUAUCGCUGAAAAUUGAAAAGUUAGCCAAAAAUAGAAAAAUGUCGCAUCAAACUGGAAUAAAAGCUAAUGAAAAACUCACAAAAGUUUUUGCGAAAAGCAAAAAUGGAAAGCUACGUGUGAUAAAGGUGUCAAUUGAAAAUGAGGAACUAAAUUGCACUGCUACAGUAGAUGUGAAGAAAGACUGGGAGCGGGACUAUGACAAAUUGAUAGGACCAUUAAUAGAAGAAAAUGUCCCAUGUUACAUUCUCUAUCGUUUGGAUAGUAAAACAUCGCUGGGAUAUGCAUGGCUCCUCCUCAGCUGGGUACCAGAUACGGCCACAAUACGACAAAAGAUGGUUUACGCUUCUACAAAAGCAACACUUAAGAAUGAAUUUGGUUCCGCACAUAUAACAGAGGAGAUACAUGCCACCUCAAUAGAAGAAACCACUUUUGAAGGAUAUGUAAGACAUAAACAAGACUUUGCAGCACCAGCGCCUCUAACAACACGCGAAGAAGAGCUUGUGGAAUUGCGCAAAACUGAAAUCAACACCGAUAUCAAUACCGAUACACGACACCAAACUUUAGGUGGUGUUGCGUGUCCUUUGACUGACGCUACUAUAGGCGCUGUAAAAGAUUUGCUCCGUGGUUCAUAUGACUAUCUACAAUUUCAUAUCGAUCUGGAAGCAGAACGCAUACAUGUGUCAAAAGCAGCAGUGGUGCCAUUGAUUGAUUUGCCUCGUCAAAUACCAACUGAACAUGCUCGCUAUCAUUUAUACCUCUUCAAGCAUACUCAUGAAGGUGACUAUCAGGAGGCAUUUAUUUUCAUUUAUUCUAUGCCUGGUUACACAUGUUCAGUGCGUGAACGCAUGAUGUACUCUAGCUGCAAAGCACCAUUUUUAGAUAAUCUGAAUGCACUAGGUGUUAGUGUGGUGAAAAAGUUGGAAAUUGAUAGCGGUGCAGAAUUGACUGAGGAGUUUCUGCUCGAAGAACUCCAUCCUAGAAAACUUGCCAGCAGACCCGCGUUUGCCAAACCGAAAGGCCCACCGAAUCGCGGUGCAAAACGUUUGACUCGUCCGCAGGAGCAAUCCUAAGGAGAGUCAUUUCAUGAAGAACUACGCUGCAAUUUUACCUCGCAGCAAUAUGACUAAUGCUUUCCUUAUUCUUCCAUGAUAAACUCGCAUUGAAUUAGGAUUCAAAAACUGAACUUUAAGCAUUUUCAAAAUAUACACAAAAAAAUAUGAGAGCUGGAUUAUUGUAUUACAUAAAUUAAUUGUAAUAUUUGUGCAAUAUUCCUAUUCCAACGCUUCAAUGUAUGUUAUUUCAUGCAUACAUACUAAUACAUGCAUUUCCAUGUCUUAUUGAUUUGCUUAAAUGUUAGGAAAUUGCCUUUAAAUUUAUUUGUAACAAUUCAUCAUACAUUUUUCAAACAAUUCAUAUCGUAAUGUUGCAUUGAAAUUACUUUGACUAAAAGUUUUUGUCGUUGAAAGGAAAUACAUAAUAUAUAAAAUAGUUAAAUGGUAAAUGAUUGUGUUUAUUAACAAUUAAGAAUAUACAUAUGUUGUCUUCAAUGUAGCUGUAUUUGAUCGUCUAAAAAUUGCAAUAUACAAUACAAAUGUAUUUAUAAUAAAAUAUACAUACAUAUGUACAUCAUAACUAAACAUAUUUAAUUUGUUACUAAUUAAUUUAGAAGAAGAUGAAAACGUUUUGUUUUUUUUUUUAAUAUAUUAUUUAACUUUAUUUCUUACUUAAUGGGCUCCAGUGUUAUUUUCUCGCCUACUUUUACGUCGUGCUCUUUGAAAAUUGCUGGUGUUUUGUAUGCAUCAUCUUCUUGUUUCUGAAUAACAAAAAGUUAAAAUUUAAUUAAGGCUUCUCCAAUUUUUUUUAUAAAGUACCUUCAUUGCUUCGUGUACUACAUUUUCACGCUCUAGUCGCCAUUUAUAUUGCCAGUAGCGGAUCUCUUCCAUGGAAGUACCCGAUGCAUAGAGAAGCGCUAACGAUGCCGCACCGGCUACAGUUCCCAGCACACCGCCAAUAAUGCCACCCGCCGCCAUGCCUCGCAGGCCCAAAU